UGAAGAUGAAGGAUACAGGAUCUUAAUUAAACGAGUUUGAAUAAUUCGGGUUUUAUCAUUUGACGAACGAGCAAAGAGUUAUUUAUUCAAGUUACGUAAUCGGAGGAAAUCGAGCCUAGCGGUGGCUCUGUAAAUGUUGGCCAGCCUGGCAGAGUAUCGUGAACGUUGAUCGUUCCAGCGUAAGAGGCAGAAAAUUCGAUCUCCGGACGGUAUAUAAAAGUAUCAUUAACAAUGAGCGAGCCUCAAUCGAAGAAAGUCAAGAUGACGACGAGUUCGUUGGCACAGCUGAAGGAAAUCACGACAAUAGUCGCCGAUACCGGUGACUUCCAAGCUAUGGAACAGUUUAAACCGAUAGACGCAACUACAAAUCCUUCUCUGAUCCUUGCAGCAGCUAGUCAAAAAAAGUAUGCUCAUUUAAUAGAUAAAGCUGUGCAAUAUGGAAAAAAAUCUGGACCCACUUUGGCGGAACAGCUCGAAAACGCAUUGGACAUCACGUGUGUCCUGUUCGGUAAAGAGAUUUUAAAUAUCAUACCCGGCAGGGUUUCCACAGAGGUGGACGCCAGACUGUCUUUCAAUAAGGAAGCCAGCAUCGAGAAAGCGAAACGGUUAAUAGCUCUGUACGAAGAGCUUGGCGUGAGCAAGGAUCGCGUGUUGAUCAAACUCGCCUCUACAUGGGAGGGCAUUCAAGCGGCCAAGGAAUUGGAGGAGAAAUAUGGAAUACACUGUAAUUUAACGCUUUUGUUUUCCUUCGCGCAAGCCGUGGCCUGUGCAGAAGCGGGCGUAACGCUCAUAUCGCCGUUCGUUGGUAGAAUUUUGGAUUGGUACGUCGCGAACACCGAUAAGAAGAGUUACGAUGCCAAGGAAGAUCCAGGCGUCGUCUCCGUGACCAAAAUAUUCAAUUAUUACAAGAAGUUUGGAUACAAAACGGUCGUCAUGGGUGCUUCGUUCAGAAACGUCGGCGAGAUUAAAGAACUGGCCGGUUGUGACUUUUUGACUAUAAGCCCGAAACUGUUGGAAGAAUUAGAAAAGAGUAACGAACCGAUCCGCAAAGUACUUGCGUCCGAAGUGGCAAAGAAAUGCGAUCUACAGAAAAUUAGUUUAAACGAAGCCGAGUUUAGAUGGCUCCUCAACGAGGAUCAAAUGGCGACCGAUAAGCUGAGCGACGGGAUCCGUAAAUUCGCGGUGGACGUUCGCAAACUGGAAAAGUUGUUGCAAGAAAAAAUCCAGUCUUAAAUGUGUAUAAGCGAAAUGUCUAUGUAAUGAAUGUUCUAUUGUAAAUAACACAGCGCAGAGAUGAUGAUUCGAAUAACAAGCUUUAGUUGUAUGUGCAACGCAUUCCACGCUUUGUAGGUAUCAUGUAUAAAUUUGUGUCGUAAUGUUAAAUAAAUGUGGGAUCUGAGGGAA